CUCCAACAACAUGAAGAGGCAUAGAACGGGUAGAUGUCUCGGUUUUGAAUUAAUCACUCAACUGUCUUACCUCCCGAUGCGAGACCGAUGGCAAUAAUUUCAAUUAUCCUCUGAAUCCACUUUGUUUGAAGCACAUGCUCUUGCACCUGCUAGCUAGCAAGGAUUGCCUGGAAACAGCUGUAGCCGGUCAAAUACGUUGCGAAAGACGACUUCGAUAUCUCAGUACUCAUGCCUCCAUGCUCUCUCACUGCAGCUGCUCGUCUGCCAUUGUUGGCACCAUCCGUACCAUCGUCCUUGGGACUGUCGCUAGUGCAUGUACGGAGGAUCAGGUAUCAACCACACGACGCAUGGCUCGAUCAAGACGAUAUAAAUGAAGCAUACAAGUGGCAUGCCUCGUUUACGAAAGACUCUUUACCUAAGCCCCAUAACACCUAUUCUCGGUCCAGCGGGCCGGGCGGUCAGCAUGUGAACAAGACUGAGAGCAAAGUAACAUCAGUGUGGCCUCUUAGCGAACUUUGCAAGGGAUUGCCCAAACUAAUGCGCGAUGCUUUGAGGUCGUCACGGUACUAUGUAGAUCGCAGCGACUCAAUCAUGUUCCACUCGCAAACGGAGCGAAGCAGAACCGCUAACGCGGAUGAGAACCCCAAGAAGAUGUUCAAUGAAAUAGUUAGAAUAUUUCACGAGGUAGUACCCGCACCCACCAGCGAGACGAAGAGAAAAAAGCAUGAAGCAGCAGAAAAGGCUUUCCAUCAACGCCGACUCAAGGAGAAGAGACAUAUGAGCUCGAAGAAAGCAUCCCGAAAGGGAGGUGAAUAGCACGAUAUAAACUGCAUUCAUUGUGCUUGUUGUAGAACUCGCCUUUCUUCAUCCGCGGUUCAUAUAUCUAACCAAACGAUGAGACUAGGUAGUCUGCAUGGUUUAAGUACAACACCAGCUGGCAUAGCCCUGUCACUUGAGACUAGGGAAUUUAAUGGACAAACUGCGUGCGAAGUUUUGCUUUAUGAAACAUAUUCUGCGGAUUUCUCUUUCAAAGACUUCUGGCUUGUUCGCUCGUUAGUUUUAGGAUGCCUAUUGCGUUCAGCUCGCCAAACCAGAGUUUUGAAGCAUCCAUACCAUCAUUUAACCCUUGUAUAAGAAUAAAAUAGGUAAUAGUAUUAUCAAAACAGUUCUAUUAUCUUCGUAGGCAGUGAGCUUUGUGUGUCCCAUGGUCGGUGAUGGGCUCUCCAGCUUACUACCAAAGUAUUCAGGUAUGGAAAUAGUAUCCCAUUCACCACCCAAGCCACCUAAGCAUCACAGAUAGGAAUAGGUAGCUGGUUCACUUUUGAAAAAUGAACUAAAAACGGCCCUUGUUACCAUUUUAAUUGCAGAAAUUCAACACCAACUCGUGAAAGCGUUUCCUCACCCCCCAAAACGACUUGGAAACAAAGGGCCCAAGUGGCGGCUGGAACCGCUGCAGCCAAAGGAGGGGCAGCUACUCGAGCGGGGCUGCUGG